AUGGAGGGCGCGCACCUCUUCGCCCACACCCACGGCCACCACCACCGCAGCAAGCGCCCCACGCCGGCCGGGAUCAUGGACGCGGACGGGGACGGUGACGCGUCUCCCAAGGGGGCGCGGUACCGGGGCGUGCGGCGCCGGCCGUGGGGCCGGUUCGCGGCGGAGAUCCGGGACCCCAUGUCCAAGGAGCGGCGGUGGCUCGGCACCUUCAACACCGCCGAGGAGGCCGCCUGCGCCUACGACGUCGCCGCGCGCGCAAUGCGCGGCAACAAGGCGCGCACCAACUUCCCGGUCCACGCCGCGGCGGCUGCGUGCUGGCCGUGGAGCGCCGCGCCGCAGCCGGUGGCCGGCGCGCGCACGCUCGACCCCAUCUUCCUGCACAACCUCCUCAUGAGCUCCUCCUACCAGGGCUGCCGCCUGCUCCACCACGCCGUCCACGGAUACCCCUCUCCUGCCCGGCCUCUCCCUCCGGCGCCAGCGCCGACGCCUACCGCUCCGGCGCCCGGUGCCAUGGCCGCACCCGCGGUGACGGCCCCUGCCGUCGCCUCGUCUCCCGUAGCACCACUGUCCAUGGACAUGGACGUUUGGGGCCGCGCCCUGCGGACCGAGCCGCCGGACGCGGGGCUGCUUCAGGACGCGCUGCACGGCUUCUACCCGAGCAUGCUGCCGCGCGCCGCCGUCGACCAUCCCAUGGAGCUUGGCGCCGACGCCCGGGACGCCGUGGCGGCGAUGAAGAAGCUGGAGAGGCACGAGGUGUCUGCCGUGGCUUUCCCUUGCGUGGGCGACGACGUCGAUGAGGAUGGCGAGCACCCGAUGAUGCCGCAGGGCCUGCUCGAGGACAUUAUCCGGUAUCCGGCGUUCGUGGAUGUCGCGGCCGCGCCGCCCGCCGCCACGCGCCGCGGGCGCCGGCGCGGCUGA